AUGAACCGACGCGACGUGGAAUUCCCAGGCUUCGAUGGACUCACCCUGCGAGGGUGGUUAUAUCCCGCGGGUCCCAACCGACCCUGCAUCAUACUUACCCACGGAUUCGCCGGGCUCAAAGAGCAAUUUCUCCCGGAUUUUGCGGGACACUUCCAAGCGGCGGGGUAUGGGGCGAUGGUGUACGACCAUCGCCAUUAUGGAUCCAGUGAUGGGACCCCUCGAAACCACACCGAUCCCAUCCUGCAGGCUCGCGACUACUCGGCUGCGUUGGACUAUGUCUCCUUGCUGCCGGAAGUUGACCCUGCCAAGGUGAUCUUCUGGGGCAGCAGCCUGUCGGGAGGAGUGGCCAUCUACGCGGCAUCCAUCGAUCCUCGUGCUCAAGGGGUGGUGGUACAAUGCCCGUUCCCAUCUUCCGAGAGUCUCGUCACCGAUCUUAAGGAACCUAUUCGAAAGGCCUUCGCGGAUCGUGCUGCGACCACCACCACUGCAGGGCAGGAGCCCGCCAUGAUCCCUGCAAGUCCCUAUGCCAGUACGACACCCCGGGCUGCGAAGGAGGCGUCGAUGGUCGCUGAUCCCGAUAUUGUCGCCUACUACGCCGAAUUGGACCGCCGCAACAUUCCUCGUGGUUCUCGAGUCACCAUGCAAAGCCUGCUCGGGAUCGCGGGUUUCGAACCAAAGGCGUUCAUCGGGCGGAUCUCACCCCGGCCAUUGUUGAUGAUCCUGGGUGCACUUGAGCGGACCAUCCCGAUUGAUCUGCAGCUGCGGGCGUUCGAGGAAGCCGGACAGCCCAAGCAAUUGCACCUUAUCCAGGACCAAGGACAUUUUGGACUCUAUCAUUCCAAAGGGUUUAAGGAGAACAUCGAAAUUCAACUGCGGUGGCUGAAGGAGGUGGUAGGGGUUUGA